AGACAAACAUUGCUUUUUUACUUUAUUCGUUCUAAUGUACGAAUAACAAGGAGUGGCGGAUAUAAUUGUGUAUGCGGAAGCUCUUUACCAAUUACACUGCAAAAUAUGUGUUGAAAUGUUGAUUAAACACAAAUUAGACCAUUGUGCGUCUGUCCGUCCGUGCUGCGCCUCCUCACAAAUUCAUAAUGAAGUCCUUAAUAUUAUUAGUCCUCCUCAUCGCGUCAAUCCACGCGUUCACCAUCCCCAACCCCAAAACCCCAGUCAAAGCUCAAGCUCUAGAAGACCACAAGAUCAACAAGCGGUUCAUCUCCGCCUUGCUGAUGAGCAUGAUGGACGACGAUGACUACUUCGAUGACGAUCUCCCGUCCAUAAUUGGGAGGAGACGACCUUCGAGGAGACAUCUGCAGCUUGCGCAGAUGAUGAGGCAGUUGGCUGGGCCACGAGGAUUGACGAGAGGACAGAUGCAGAAUAUGCAGAGUAACCUCCAGAAUCUGCAGCUGUUGCAGAACAUGCAGCAGAUGAUGCAGCUACAGAACCAGCUGGGGCAGAACCAGCUGGGGCAGAACCAGCAGGGGCAAAACACGCAGGGACAGAACUCGUAGGGGCAAAACUUGUAGUUAUUAUUUUUAUUUAACUUACGAAGAAAUCGACCUGUUCAAUGCGUAUUUAUUUUUUAAUUCCGACUUCUGACUGAUACUUGGUAAGGUUUUAUUAAAGGUUAAGUUUUGUUUUUUAUUGUUUAGGUAGGUAUCUAUUUAAUUUUGUUUUGCUCGGAACCUUUUUCACUCUUUAGUUAGGUACUCUUGAACAGUAUAUUAGUGUUAUUAAUUAUUUCUCUUCAAAAACAUCACACUCACUUGCCGUUUUUGAUUACCUUUACUUAUGUUUU